AUGAGCGACACGGAAGACUCACGAAAGCCAGAGGACGUUGGAGAGGAAGAGAAAGGCAAAAUCUCAUCAGACGAGCCGGAACGCGAUGAAAACAUAGUAACAUGGGAUGGACCGGACGACCAGGCGAAUCCCAAAAAUUGGUCGUUCAAACGACGAUGGCUGGCGACAGGGUUGGUGUCGCUCAUAACGUUCAUGACACCCAUAGCGUCGUCUAUGAUUGCACCGGCCCAGCAGCAGAUUGGCGAUGAUCUGGGUGUGCAUUCGACGUUUGGACUGUCACUUAUCUUUUCGAUCUUCCUGCUGGCCUUUGUCUUUGGUCCCCUGUUCAUUGCGCCGUCGAGUGAGAUUUGGGGCCGAGUCAUUGUCCUCCAACUAGCCAACAUCUGGUUUCUGAUCUGGAAUCUUGCUUGCGGGUUCGCGUACAACAACGGCUCGAUGCUUGCAUUCCGAUUUCUGAGCGGUCUGGGCGGCUGUGCACCACAGACAGUUGGGGGUGGAGUCCUCAGCGAUUUGUGGAGGGCCGAUGAAAGGGGCAUGGCGGUAGCAUUGUACAGUCUGGCACCGAUUCUUGGCCCAGCUGUUGGCCCUCUCAUGGGAGCCUGGAUUGCCGAGAAGACGACAUGGCGAUGGUCUUUUUGGGCCGUCACCAUCUUCGGCGUGUGUGUGCAAGUCUUGAUUUACUUCACCCUCUCCGAAACGUACGGCCCACGACUCCUGCACUGGAAGGCUGAAAGGCUGCGUAAAGAGACGGGUAACCAGAAUCUGAGGACAGAGUACGAGCUGGCAGAACGCACACGACUCAAAAUCUUCCAGCACGCCUUCAUUCGUCCGCUCAAGCUCCUGACAACACAACCGAUCGUCCAGUUUCUGGCACUCUACCAGUCUCUCAUUUACGGCAUCAUUUACCUCAUGCUCUCAACCUUCCCAACCAUCUGGACAGACAUAUACCACGAAUCCACAGGUAUUGGCGGACUGAACUACAUCAGCAUCAUGAUUGGCUUCACCAUAGGCGCCCAAUCAGGCGGGUACUGUGUAGGCUUCAUCUACCGCCGACUUUGCAAGACCACCCCAGAUGGGAAGGGGCGACCGGAGUUCCGCGUACCUGUCCUCUUCGUCGCUACCGCCUUGGUUGCCGGUGGUCUCUUCAUGUACGGAUGGUCAGCUCAAGCACAUACACACUGGAUCGUGCCGAAUAUUGGCGCGGCCAUCUUUUCCAUGGGAUGCAUGUUGGUCAUGACGUGUUUGCAGACGUACGUUAUCGACGCGUAUGGCGUGUUUUCGGCGAGUGCGAUUGGGUGUACUGCGAUGGCGAGGAGUUUGACAGGUUUUGGGUUCCCUCUUUUCGCUCCAGCGAUGUACAGUGCAUUGGGUCAAGGAUGGGGGAAUAGUGUUUUGGCAUUUGCGGCGCUUGCGAUUGGAUACCCUGGUGCGCUUGUGCUUUGGUUUUACGGCAAGAAGUUGAGGGAGAGGAGUCCGUAUGCGGCUGGGAAAGAGUCGUGA